AUGUCUGGAGAUGGAAUACCCACACCAGAAAAUAUUUCUUCUUCUGUUGAAAGGACUGAUGGAUCCACUACAACUAAUGUUGUGGAUUCAUCUCAUUCAUACUACAUUCACCCAUCAGAUUAUCCAGGAAUGAACCUGGUGGGUGCUCUCUUUGCUGGUAGAAGCUAUGGAGGCUGGAGAAGGGUUGUUAUCAUAGCCCUUUCAGCUAAGAACAAGUUAGGAUUCAUUGAUGGAUCUCUAAUUGUUCCAGCUGUUGACUCUGGACUCCAGAAAUCUUGGGAAAGAUGCAACAAUAUGGUACUCUCUUGGUUGCUCAACUCUUUAUCAAAAGAAAUUGCUGAAAGUGUGUUGUACUCCCAAAGUGCAAAAGUCCUCUGGUCUGACCUGGAAGAUAGAUUUGGUCAGGCAAAUGGGGCAAAAUUAUUUCAACUUCAAAAGGAAUUAAAUGCGCUAACACAAAGGAACCUUAGCAUUUCUGCUUAUUUUACAAAAAUGAAAAGCUUAUGGGAUGAACUGGAUGCUAUGAAUACCUUUUCUGCCUGUGGAUGUGAGUGUACGUGUGGUGCAAAAGAAAAGACUGUGAAGGCACAUCAAGAUGAAAAACUGUUACAAUUUUUAAUGGGUUUAAAUGACACUUUCAUAGGUCACUACAGGAAAAAGGGGUAUCUGUGA